UUUUCGGGGGCGCACAUCACGCGGCGAUCUCUCCCGCGAUCUAUUAGACGUUGAUCUAAUAGAACAUCUAGAAAGGAUCUCGAUGAUCUGACACCUACUAUAGAAUAGUGACCAGUGUGUGUACCGAACGAUAAGAUCUAUGUAAAUUCGAGAGCAAAUAUGUACCCACCACUGAUACAUUGUGCAAAUCCAUAAAAACUCAAUGUGUAUAAAUGUGUACCUCAAUGGUCGUGGACAUGCAUCAUAGAACUGUUCAAUUGAAGUGUUAAAAUUGCCCACUUAACAUCGUUUUAAGGUUAUACAUUUAAGUGUGCUGAGAAAAAGUCGAUAAAUGUACAAAUGUCUGUAUGUGCAUUAGGGCGGACCUUAGUUUCGGUUACUCCGGAUAGAGCUAUACCAAGGUUCCCCAAGCAAAUGUGAUAAGAACAUGAUCCAAAUUUAAGGUUUUCCAUUAUCAGUUUCAAUUUUUUAAUGUUAAUGCAAUUAAAUCGCGACGAAAAUCGUAGUUCAUAGAAAGCGUAUGUGCGAGUGUCGAUAGGUAAACAAUAAUUAACAAUAGCCAAACAGCAGGUGUUUAAAAAUGUGAUUGCUCCAGAAACGCGAAAACGAGAGAGGUUCGUCGCAAAAGUUUCCAUCGUAUUGGCCGGAAAAAUCCGUUCCCAGCGUGGAUCCGCGGAAAGGCUUUUGAGAGAUGAUCGGACGCGCCAGUGGUCACACCGCUGCCAAAUGCGUCGAUCCUAGGGAGAUGAACAAUGAAUUUCUUUGGCCAUGACCAUCUGAGCGGGUUUCGACGCAUCGAUCGGAUUGGAUCCUAUCCCACGGCGGCGUGGGCGGACCAGGAAUCGUUCCAUCUGAAGGACGCCUUCCUGUGGAACUGGCAUAAGGGCUCCAGAGUUAGUACAGGAAAUGAUUGGCUUCAAAUACAAAUCGGUGGCCCCCAGGAUGUCAAGAAGAAAAGACCGAAGGGCCAAAAUCGUAUCAAAUCAACCAAAUACACAUUGAUCACAUUCCUGCCACAAAAUCUACUGGAACAAUUUCGCCGCAUUGCGAAUUUCUACUUCCUGGUGAUGACAAUUAUAUCGCUCUUAAUUGAUAGUCCUGUGUCACCGAUGACCUCCCUUUUGCCCCUGGUAUUUGUAAUUGCUGUCACUGCAGCUAAACAGGGUUAUGAAGAUGUCCUGCGUUAUAGGACAGACAACGUGGUCAAUUCUUCACCAGUCACGGUCAUCCGGGAUGGCAAGGAGGCGAUAAUCAAGUCGGAGGACGUAAUUCCCGGGGACUUGGUCGUCGUCGAGCGGGACUGCGAUGUGCCCUGCGAUCUGGUCCUGCUGCGAUCCACAGAUCCGCAUGGCAAGUGCUUCAUCACCACGGCCAACCUGGAUGGUGAGUCCAACCUGAAGACGCUGAUGGUGCCGCGGGACCUGCCCACCGUGGACCUGCAGGAGAUGCACAAGCUGGGCAUGAUCGAGUGCGAGAGUCCCACCACCGAUCUGUACAGCUUCAAUGGCAAGAUCGAGCUGAAGGGCGGCGAGGGUAGGAUCCUGCCCCUGUCCACCGAGAAUGUCCUGCUGCGCGGAUCGCGGGUGAAGAACACCGAGUGCGUCAUCGGAUGCGCCGUCUACACGGGCAUGAUCUCCAAGCUGCAGCUGAACAGCCGGCUCACCCGGAACAAGAACGCCUCCAGCGAGAUUUACAUCAACCGCUUCCUGAUCGUCAUACUCGUCGCCCUCAUCGCGAUCGUCACCCUGCUCUACUUCCUCAAGAGGUACAACGAGCUGUUUGUGAUACCCAAGCUGACCUAUCUGGGGGAUGCGACGGACAGCUACAGCGUGAAGCAGUUCCUGCAGGACUACCUGUCCUUCCUCAUCCUGUUCAACUACCUGAUUCCCAUCUCGCUGUAUGUGACCAUUGAGCUUCAGCGGGUGAUUGGAAGCUGGUUCAUGGAGUGGGACAUCGAGCUGUACGAGAAGGAGACCGAUCAGCCCUGCGUGGUGAACACCUCGAACCUGAACGAGGAGCUGGGCCAGAUCAAUAUACUCUUCUCCGAUAAGACGGGCACGCUGACCAAGAACGAGAUGAACUUCCAGCAGUGCUCGAUAGCCGGCAAUAAGUUCCUGUUCAGGACGACGCGACUGGAGGACGAGGAGACCAAGGUCCUACUGGACAUCAACAACUUCAAUGCCAACCAGCGCGUCUUCUUCCAGGCCUUGUCCAUUUGCCACACGGUUCAGGUGGCCUCCGGUUCCUUGGAGGAGGCCGAUGCGGGCAGCACCAAGCGGGAGCCGGUGGCCGCCAUCAAGACGGGGCCGCCGGAGAUGUACUCCAUUUCGGACAUCACCGAGGAGAGUCACAAUGCUAGUCAGCAGAGCGAGCUCAAUGUGAGCCACACCAUCGAUAACUCGGUGUCGGCUCAUCCGAAUGGCUCCAAUUCGACGGCCACUUCAUCGGAUGUCAAUCCUCUGCUCGUUUCCGACGACAGCUACGGCGUGGAGCGUCGCAAACGACCGGUGGUGGUGAAGAGGAGUCCCAACUUUGCCCGCUCCAAUCGGAUGCACAAUCCCCCCAAUGCCAGUGCCACCGGCAUCGACUUGAAUGUCAACCAGACUGACCUCAAUGGUGCCCUAAAUGGAGGAGAGACCACUCCCAAUUUUCGACCCAUUUCACUGCAAUUCCGACGGUCUACCUCAGAGAAGGAUCUGCAACAGUCCUGGGAGCCACAGAAUGGUCAGGCUCCCGGCCACCGGAGGGCGCACUCCUAUGGAGCGCCCAAUGCCUACCUCACCAGCCCCAUUGCAGCCAGCUCUCCGCCCACCAACGUCCUCUUCCGAUCCACGAGCACCACUUCCAGGGAGUCCUACGCCGCACCCACCUUCACCCGACAGCCCACAAUUCUCAUGCGAGCCGAGUCGCAGCGCAGGAAAAACGAAAUACGCGAUUUCAUAUUCACCUUGGACUAUCAGGCUUCCAGUCCUGACGAGAAGGCUUUGGUGGAGGCCUGUGCCAAUUUAGGAAUGGUCUACACCGGAGACGAUGAUGAAACCCUUCGGGUGAGGAUUGUGCCGCCCCACAUGGACUACAAGCGACCAUUUGCCAAGCCCAAGGAGGAAACCUUCCAGCGACUCCAUGUGCUCGAGUUCACAUCGGAUCGCAAGCGAAUGAGUGUAAUUGUGAAGGAUACGGAGGGCAGGAGGUGGAUCUAUACCAAGGGCGCCGAGAGCUACGUCUUUCCGCUGUGCGCCAACAGUUCGGCGGAUCUGGUCUCAAAGACGGACAGCCACAUCAGUGACUUUGCCCGCCUGGGUCUGCGCACCCUGGCCAUUGCCCGUCGUCUGAUUCCAGAGGAGGAGUACCAGGACUUCCUCGUAGAGCUGGCCCAGGCCAAUAGCUCACUCGAGAACCGAAAACAACUAAGCGAGGAGUGCUACGCGAAGAUCGAAAGCAAUCUGGACCUGCUGGGAGCGACAGCUGUAGAGGAUGCCCUGCAAGACGACGUGGCGGAUACUUUAGUGUCCCUCCAGGCGGCUGGCAUCAAGAUCUGGGUGCUGACGGGCGACAAGGUGGAAACGGCCCUGAAUAUUGCCCUGUCCUGUGGACACAUACCGCCCGAUGCCAAGAAGUACUUCAUCAUUGACUGUAAGAACCGGGAGGAGAUGCUGCUCCACCUGAACGCCCUGGACCGUGAGAUCAUAUUCGGAAUUGGUCAGGAGUGCGCCCUGCUCAUCGAUGGUAAGAGUCUGGGCGUGGCUCUGGCCGAGGCCAGUUCGGAGUUCCGGGAUGUGGCCGUCAAGUGCACGGCUGUGCUGUGCUGUCGCCUGAGUCCGCUGCAGAAGAGCGAGGUGGUGUCGCUGAUCAAGUCCUCCAACGAGAACUACAACACGGCCUCCAUUGGCGAUGGCGCCAAUGAUGUGUCGAUGAUCCAGGAGGCCCAUGUGGGCAUCGGAAUCAUGGGACGCGAGGGCAGACAGGCGGCCCGAUGUGCCGACUUUGCCUUCGCCAAGUUCUGCAUGCUGAAGCGACUGCUCCUCGUCCAUGGCCACUAUCACAGUGUCCGACUGUCGCUGCUGGUGCUGUACUUCUUCUACAAGAACAUCGUCUUCAUGGGCAUCAUGUUCCUGUUCCAGUUCCACACCCUGUUCUCCUCGUCCUCCGUCUACGACUCCCUGUUCCUCACCUUGUACAAUGUAAUAUACACCUCGCUGCCCAUUCUGUUCAUUGCCAUCUCCGAGAAGCCCUACACCGAGGAUAAGUUAAUGAGAACACCGCAGCUUUACAAGAAGAACACGGACAACAAGCAACUCCACUGGCCGUACUUCCUCAUGUGGGUCCUCUUUGCCGUCUAUCACUCGGUGAUUAUUUUCUACUUCGGCUUCUGCCUGUUCUCCUUCAACAACGUGAUCCUGAACUACGGCCAGACGGUGGCCUUCUCCUGCUUCGGAACCCUCCUUAUGUGGACGGUGGUGGUCGUGGUGAACCUCAAGCUUUGGCUCGAGUCCAUGUACCUGUCCUAUUGGUACAUAUUCACCAUCAUCAUUUCGAUACUGGGUUUUAUGAUCACAACGGUUAUCUACAACGUUAUCAAUUUGGACUACGACACCGACAUCUAUUGGGCCUACAACAAUCUGUUGGCCUCCCUGCCGGUCUGGCUGUGGAUCCUGCUAACCUGUGUGGCCUGCCUGGUCCCUGACUAUACCAUCCGAAUGCUCCGACGGGCCCUCAACAUCAAGAGUUUCAGUAUUUUCCCCGGAAAACAGCGAAAACUCAAAAUGCGUGAAAAGUUCGAGUCCACAUACUUGUAAAACGACUCGAGGCCAUAGUUUUAAAAACCCCUUAUUUAUUUAUUUCCUCUAUGUAUACAAUUUUUUUUGUUAGAUAAAAAGAAUUUUUGU